GGACCGGCUCGGCCAACUUGAUAAAUACCACCGCGUCAGCUGUUGCCGGCACAUUUUCCUUUCCAUCCGUACCACGGUAAACGUCGAAAGUUAGGUUAGAUUCACAUCGCCGGCAAUCAAGCGCGAUCGCUACUCGCCGGGAAAGAGAAAGUACAAUACAGCUUUCCGGCAAUUUCACUAUAGUGUUAAACAGUGACAGACAGACAUGGAGGUUCUACCAAUCACUAAUGUCAAGUACAACACCAACAAAAUAGAAGACUCAGAAUGGGAGUUCACCACCGAGUUCCCCGAGUCCGAAGAGUCCCCGCUGGUGGAGGCGCUUUCGCAACGGCUCGAAGCCGAGCUUCGUACAGCGAAGAGGUCGCAUCUGUCCGUCGGCGAGGUACUACUACCCAACGGACUCACCAGAGAGAUCGCGGAACGCAUGUUCCGAUUGGCUGAUUCCGAGCCGUGCGGUCUGCGCGGGUGCACUCUGUAUAUCGACUUCGAUAGUGGCGACAUGAAGACCAAGCUGAGUACCAUCAAGUGCGAUCCUGCUACUCCAAGUACUUUCGAGGUGUACCUGACGCUGAAGCAGGCCACAGCUGGGUGGAACUUCCUUCCGCAGUUCAUCAAAAAAAUCACCAGAGGUUCAGUGAUGAUCAGUCCUGAUUACGAACUGUCGAAAAAGAAGCUAUACAGAUCAAGUUACGAUUGAAGAAAUCUUUCGAAAUGUACCUUCGCGUGGCAACCUUGCUGACUGAUCAGAUAUUUUACAAAAAGAGUAUUUUUCGAAGAUUUCUAUUUAUAUAUAUAUAUCUACUACAUGUGAAAGUGCGUGUAUAUGAGAAGACGUUUUUUAUACCGCCGCCCUAUUUCGUCGUGCGUUACGUGUGAAAAAAUAUCUAAGGUUAAGUUUGUACGUUGGUGUCUGUUAAACUUGUCUCGUUGAAAAAUGUUGCUCGUACUAUAUUAUAUUUACCUUACAUGUGUAAAAAUUAUUUUUUGUGCCGGUAUCAGUAUCGUAUUUUUCUUAUGAUUAGCCGAUUUUUUUCUCUUUUAGGGCAAACGUUUUCUUGAAACAGUUUUUUUUUUCUAAGAACUAACAUUCACGCUACGUUUAUAGUACAGGCAUUGUAGUAAUAAUUUUUUAUGCCUGUUUAAUCUUGAGAAUAUCAAAAUUUACAAUAAUUUAAACUUUUUUUGUACUCAAAAAAUGAAAUAUUGUUCCUAAAAGAGAAUAUAAAACCGACACAAAAACAAACGAUUUACAAGGUUUAACCUGCACAGCCUGCGCAAUAUCUACAGAAAAAUGUGGCUAUAAGAAUCGGUGGCACAAAGAAUAGCUAGAAUUUUUCCGUAUACGUACAGUUGACUUUUUGUUUUACGGAAGUUUGAAAAACUUAAAAUUUGUCUUUUUCCAAAAUUUUUGAUGGAGGCUAUUGGGAAUGACGCGUAUACGAAAAAAUCAAAUCUAGCUGUCAGGUGUCGCUGAUUGACACAAAAUGUGAUAAACGUGUACAGAAAUUGAAAAAAAACGUUCUUUUUUUAAUCAUUUGUUGUGAUAUUAGUUAGAUAACAAAUUUAAUUAAAUGUUUUCUAUAAUAUUUAAGUGCUCUUCAUCCCUCUUUUUGAAUAUUCUAUGUGUAACAAAAAAGUUCACUUUAGAUUUGGUGCAAUCUGUCUUGUGAUCAUAUCAACAAUCGUACAAAAUUCGAGCUUUCAGAAAUCGAUAUCGGAAUGUUUGCCUUAUAUCGUAUUCCGAUACGUGUUUAUGUAAAAAACAAUCAUUAUGCGCGAUGAUGGAGUUUCAGAUACACUGUCUCAUUUCUUUUGGGACGUACUCAGUAUUACGUUCUGUGGUUCCAUUCUCAAAUACCGAUGUAAAGAGCAUUAUGAUCUCAACGAUUAAGUUCUUUGUGUAGCCAUAAGGAAAUUUUUGUACAUUUUUAAAGAGUAUGUUUUUAGUUCUUCCAGUUUUUUUUUUUAAUUUGCUAUCAAGUGUGUGAUAAACAUUAGUUAGGAACUCUCAAAGAGAACCUUCUUUUUAUAAAAGAAAUGUGAAUAAAAUGUUUUUG